AUGAUGGACUGUGUGGAAGAAACAAAUCAUGACCCCCUUUCUGCACCACCGGUAACAUCUCCCUCUCCUAGUGAAAACAAGACUGAAAAGAAGAAACCCAGUGAGAAUGUUUCAUUAGCUGACAAUAGCUUACUUGUGGACAUAUCAGAUGCUCUCAGUGAAAAAGAGAAAGUAAAGUUUACAGUACAUACCAAAACUACAUUACCAGAAUUUCAAAAGUCUGAAUUUUCGGUAGUUCGUCAGCAUGAAGAAUUUGUGUGGCUCCAUGACAGAUAUGAAGAGAAUGAGGAAUAUGCUGGUUAUAUUAUACCGCCAGCGCCGCCACGGCCAGAUUUUGAUGCGUCGCGUGAAAAACUUCAACGGCUUGGUGAAGGAGAAGGUGCGCUUACGCGAGAAGAAUUUUUAAAAAUGAAGGAGGAGUUGGAGGAUGAGUAUUUGGCAACUUUCAAGAAGACAGUGGCGAUGCAUGAAGUUUUUCUACAACGUUUGGCCGCGCAUCCUGUGUUCCGCAACGACGCACACCUCCGUGUAUUCCUCGAGUAUGAACAGGAUCUGUGCGCCAAGCCACGUGGUAAAAUGGACCUCAUUGGUGGAUUGAUGCGUUCUAUGACUACAACAACCGACGAAAUUUAUUUGGGCGCGACUGUGCGUGACGUAAAUGACUUCUUCGAACAGGAAACUGCCUUUCUACAAGAGUACUACUCGCAUCUUAAAGAAGCUGUUGCAAAAGUCGACCGUAUGACGUCGAAGCAUAAAGAAGUGGCAGACGCUCACAUCAAGCUGUCGUCGUGCAUAACGCAGCUGGCGACGCGCGAGCAGCCGCCCACCGAACGCUUCCUCACGCGGGCCGCAGAGACCUUCGACAAAUGUCGCAAGAUCGAAGGUCGAAUGGCUUCGGACCAAGAUUUGAAACUAGCGGAUACCCUUCGUUACUAUAUGCGGGAUGCUCACGCUGCUAAAGCCGUGCUCGUGCGGAGACUUCGGUGUCUUGCUGCUUAUGAAGCAGCGAAUAGGAACUUGGAGCGAGCUAGAGCUAAAAAUAAGGAUGUUCAUGCUCCGCUGGAGGUGCAAGAGGCGGAGCAAGUGCAGGCAGACGCGUGCGCUCGUUUCGAACAGCUGUCGGCGCGUGCUAGAGAGGAGUUGUUAGAUUUUCGCACCAGACGCGUUGCAGCUUUCCGGAAAAGCUUAAUCGAUCUUGCGGAGUUGGAGAUUAAGCACGCGGCAGCACAACAAGAGCUUUUCAGAAAGUCUCUGCAGGUGCUGCGGGAAUGCCAUUAA